GCUGGGCAACGGCGAGCCGCGCGGAGGUCGGUUCUGGGGACGGGUGCCACCGGCGCGGGGCGGGAGCGCGGCCGCGGGGACCCCGUCGGGCAGCGCGGACCCUCGGUCCCCCGCGCGGCCUACUUAAUCGCGACCGUUGUUGGGCGGACCUAACCUCCGGCCUGUGUGUGAGAGCGGUGACACUGCCCGUCACUGAGCGGGAGCCGAGCCCACAGGUGGGAGAAUUCAAGGGAUGUGACACGACGAUCGAACCCGACAGGGCCGAGCGGCGCCUCUCCGGACUCAGCAUGCUACAAUGUAAGGGUCAUUCAUCUAAACAAGAUAACUUAGCAGUCACUGCAGUUGCUUUACAAGAUCACAUUUUACAUGACCUUCAGCUUCGAAAUCUUUCAACAGCAGAUCCUUCCAAGACAAAGGCACAACAGAGAGACACCAGAUCCAAGUCUCUAAAAAGAAAUACAAGAGCAGUAAUAGAUACUGGCCUUAAAACAGCGGUACAAGGCCCUAAAGUGGAAGAUCCAGAAAGAGAAUAUGUUCUUGAUCCAAAACCACCACCCUUAACUUUAGCUCAGAAGUUGGGCCUGUUUGAACCUCCCCCAUUGCCACUAUCAUCAGAGGAAUGGGAAAAAGUGAAACAAAGAUCCAUCAUGCAAGGGGACUCAACGCAGCCAUGCCCAAUAUGCAAAGAAGAAUUUGAACUUCGCCCCCAGGUGCUGCUUUCAUGUUCCCAUGUGUUUCACAGAGCAUGCCUCCAGGCUUUUGAAAAAUUCGCAAAUAAAAAAACCUGCCCCCUCUGUAGAAAGAACCAGUACCAAACCAGAGUGAUUCACGACGGAGCGCGGCUGUUCAAAGUAAAGUGUGCGACAAGGAUCCAGGCCUCCUGGAGGGGACACGUGGUGAGGAAGUGGUACCGAGACCUGAGGAGAACAGUGCCGCCCACGGACGCCAAGUUGAGGAGAAAAUUCUUUGAAGGAAAGUUCACAGAAAUCAGCCGCCGCAUACUGUGCUCCUACAACACAAACAUAGAAGAGCUGUUUUCGGAAAUCGACCACUGCCUGGCCAUAAACCGAAGCGUCCUUCAGCAGCUGGAGGACAGGUGUGGCCACGAGCUCACAGACGGAGACUGGGAGGAGAUCCAGAUCCAGGCUCUGCACCGGGAGACCCUUGAGUGUCCCAUCUGUCUCACCCCACUCCCCACCAGCGGCGACUGUCGCCAGGACCCGGUGGAGAUGCUCUGCGGCCAGCCUUCCCGAGAGAUGGUCCUCCUGUCCUGCUCACAUGUGUUUCACCACACGUGUCUCCUUGCCCUGGAGGAGUUCUCCCUGGGAGAGAGCUCUCCUUUCCACGCCUGCCCCCUCUGCCGCUCUUGCUAUCAAAAGAAAAUUCUGGAAUGUUGAAUUCCUAGUCAGGGAAAACUAUCAUUCCUGGGGGGGGGGGGGGGACGUUUACCUUAAUUUUGGAUAAACUGUAUGGGUUUGGGGUUAAGUGCUAUGGUGUAAUCUGUUCUCCAGUGAAACGUGUUUUUACCAGCUGUGUGUAGGAACCCUAAAUGUAUUUCUAAAGCUGACAACCUACCCAGUUUUAGUCGUUAGUCUAUAAACAUUUCAAACUGAUAAGCUUAAUCAGUUGAAAGAAGUGAGGGAUGGAUAAAAGGUCGAGUUGCAGAGGUUCUGUACUUUGGUGAUCUGCUGUGCUUCUUAGGUGAUCAGUUGGGAUUGCUCCCAGCAGCAAGAUCACUCUCGUCCCUUCGUGGUCAUCUGGUUACCUGGCCUGUCUCCACGGAGUUCUGGUUGACACUGGGUCGGGCCUGCCAGGAUGGCCCGUGCACGUGGCUGCAUACACACAGCGACUGGGUGCCCAACGAGCUGGGAACCUAAAAACACUCCUUAAAUUGUCUUAGAAGCACUGCUUGCCAUUCCUAGUUCUCAUUUUGUAGUAAUUGCUCUAUUUCUAUGUGAUAAAUGACUAUUGUACUCCAGCGCUUCUAAUAUGUAAACCCAAAGUAUAAAAAUAAAAUAUUCAGUGGCAUUCGGCACCAGGAGAUGGUAAAUCGCGUUCAAUGACUUCGAGCCGCUCCGUUGUAGCUGGUACGUGUGGACAUCCAUGGAUGUCUGCUUGGAUCGGAAGGGUGUGACUGUGCUCUCCUCUUCCCGGGACCUUGCUGGUUUGCAAUAACGAAGUACAGUUGUACAGGCCAAGUACCCCCCUGCCGUAGCGGGAAAGGCCCCAGAUCUCAGUGGCUUGCAGAGAAGCCUGUUCCUCCUGAACCCCACAGCCCACUGGCGGUUGGGAGGGGGGACGGGUGCUGACGGGGUGCUCUAAGAAGCCUCUGGCUCCCCGGCUCCUUCCGACUUCUGUCUCAUGGCUCCUCCACCCUGAGUCCGUGAACGUUCUCAUCACUGGGGAAAAGCAGGCAGGGGUGCUUACCGGGUCGAGCUUGGGCGUCCAGGCACACGUCGCCACGGCAACAGCUAGCCGCAGGGCAAAGAGACCGGAAGCGGGAGCCCAGGAGGAGGAAGACGUGGGUCGCCAAGCCCAGGUACACACGUGUCAGGGGUGCGGAACAAUCCUGACAUCAUGUGGAAAGAAAUACUAAAAUGUAUAUUCCUUUCUUUUAAUCUCAUCCUUUCAAAAUGCUCGUCUGAUAGGUUUUAUUUAUAAAUAGCUUUAUAAAUACCUACCACUUACGAAUAAAUGCACAUAUAUUGGAGUGUGCUCAAACAUCUUGUAAAUGAUGGGGCACCCCACUGCAAAAUUUGGACAAGCAAAAUCUGUCCAAAAUCUGUUAACAGUCUUGUCCCACUCAUCCACAGGGGACAUGCCCCAAGACCCCCAGUCGAUGCAGAAAACCACAGAUGGUACCAAACCCUAUUUUCCUACUGCAUCUUCUCCUAUACAUACAUACCGAUGAUAAAGUUUAGUUUA